AUGUCUGAGCGCUCUACUGUUCACGUUGAGGGCAUCGCGCCCGCUACCACCGAUAAGGAGGUCCAGGAUUUCUUUAGCUUCUGUGGAAAAAUCACUUCUAUUUCCGUCACCCCCGUGUCUGGUGAGGCCGAUGCUCAGAAGUCGGCCACUGUGACCUUUGAGAAGGAAGCUGCCGCAAAGACUGCCCUUCUCCUGGACCACACCCAACUGGGCACUUCGGUCGUCCACGUCAAGGCCGCUCACUCCCUCGAUGAAAUUGCUGGCGACCACGCUGCCAGCGCCUCGGAGGCCAAGGACGAGCACGACCAUGACCUUGAGCAGGAGGACAAGCCUCGCUCCCGUAUCGUUGCCGAGUAUCUAGCCCAGGGAUACGUGCUCAGUGACACUGCCAUCCAAAAGGCUAUCGCCCUGGAUCAGAAGCAUGGUUUUUCCUCCCGCUUCACCAACGCCCUGGCCAACUUCGACAAGAAAUACCAGGCAACUGAUAAGGCCAAGGGCCUAGACGAGAACUACAAGAUCACUGAGAAAGCGAGCACUGGCUGGCGCGGUCUUCACAGCUACUUCGAGAAGGCCCUCGAGACCCCCUCGGGUAGAAAGCUGCGUGAGUUCUACGCCCAGACCGAUAAGCAGGUUCGCGACAUCCACAAUGAGGCUCGCAGACUGGCGGACUUGAAGAGCGGCAAGAGCGAGGGUGAUGAGCACAACACCAGUGCCCCUACUGCUGGCGCUGGCGCUGAGGGUGCUGGUGUUGCUCCUGCCACUACUUCAUCUCAGCCGGCCGGUACUGCGGCCCCUGCUGAGCAGAAGGCAUGA